AUGGAGGUCACGAUCGCAUCCAAUUAUUUGCGAUGGCUACAACAUCUUCGCUCGAUGGGUGGGGACAGGAUUUCGAAGCAACUUUUGUUUGGUCAACUGCAUACCAAAAAACCCAAACAGCUUCGUUUGGUGAUGAAAAAUUCGCCAACAUGGGGCCUAGAGGAGACCCAUCGCGACCCUGUCCUUUUAUCGAUAAAUUUGAUUGUUGAAAGUAAACUGAACAUUGUAGAUACAAAGGAACAGGAGUUCCUUAAGAUCCGAGAUGGGAAUUCCAAUAUCCUUACCAGUGCACUCAAUGAAGUCACAAUCAAGGUUACUAUCGAAUCAGAACAGAACGGACAUUCAAGUUUCCUCGAUGUCAAUGUUAAAAAGAAGACUGACGGGACCAUAGAACGCAAAGUCCACAGAAAGCAAACGUGGAAAGGGAGAAAAAAGAUGGGGGCCCAGCCUCGGAUGAUCUUCUUGGCCGAAUCCAACCGUUUUACCAUUCGUCAGUUAUUUCACCCACGACUUAUCGCCGGAGUUCACCAAAAAGGCACUUUGCAAGAAUUACUUGCUUGGAUUGAAUUCACUUUCUUCAAUUGUGACACAUUACAGCAGCGAACUGUGCACCCUGUGAAAUCCUUUCCACCAGAUAUAUCUCACCGGAAAUCAUUAUGCGUGCUGCGUUUUAUGCAAACCCCCACAUCGCAGAUGCAAGGAUAUCACAAACUCUCUUUCACUCGGUUACUCGACUUUCAUCACACAUCUUCGACGACGUGUCAAAAUACAGAUGUUUGUCACAGCGCCUUGGUCCGGCGUGUGGUGCAAUAG